AUGAUACCAAGUACAGAAAAAUUUAAAUAAGGAAGAUUUAAAGGUUUCAAGUAAUUAAUAAAAAUACUUAAUUAAUCUUAGAUUUAACAAUAUCAAAAAACAUUAUUAUUUUCUAAUAUUUAUAAGGGUAUAAAUUGUUAAGUAACUGAAGGUGGAAAAGUUGUUGAGUGUACUGGUAGUAGUAUAUACUAUUGUCUUUGUAAAAAAGCAAUUCCAAAGGCUGAGAAAAUAUUGUUUGCAUUCUAAAUUCUCAGUUUAACAUCUAAUAACUUUAUUGGUAUUGGAUUUAGAGAUAUUAUAUCAAAAAAUAAUUAUUCACCUGUAGGAGCUGGGUAUGGCUAUUAAAUUAUAAUAGAUCAUAUAUGAUUCGUUAAGAUGGUUGUACGUACUCACAUCAUAAUAAAGAUGUAAAUGUUAAAUAAUUAUCAUUCACAUUUACAACAAAUGAUAUAAUCAUAAUGGAAGUAAGUAUUGAACAUAAUUAUGUUGAAUGUACCAGAUAGAAUAAUCUAUUAACAACAACUGUAACUAUCAAAUCCAAAGAAUUUCUGAUUACAAAAUUCGUACUAAUUUAUAUUUCAUUAUUUCAAUUUAUUCAAGACUUCACAUUAACAUUAAGCAUAUUUAGAGAUAUCUACUUAAAAUCCUUUAAAUAUUAAAAUAGAUUUUUUAUAUUAAUGCUUAAUUGA